ACUCCAAAAACAGCUAAAAGGGAGGAAAUGAAAAAGACGAGAAUGGAUUUUUGUUUCGUUUAAAUCCAUUAUUUUCCUUUGUUUUCUCCUUCUCUUUCAGUGAUGUUACAUGUGUGUUCACCGAUGAUUUGGUCGUUUUCGAUGCGUUCGUUUGUUUCGUUUUUGUUCCAUGGUUCCAAAGUUGGUGGGUUCGAUCGGCACUAGAAUUUGUGAGAAAUGUCUUGUUAUUGAAUUUGCUGCGGCUGAUUUGAUUAUGGGCAUGGAGAAUGCUUGUAUUCACUGUUGCAUUGAUUUGGGUUGUUGGUGUUUUAACGCGAGAGUUUGGUUGUAGGGUUUUAGCUCUGGAAGCCGGAUUGAGUUUCCAUUGAUGUUUUGGGACAUUUGGGAAAUUUUUGGUGGGAUAAUGGCUGCGUUUUUGCGCAAUGCAUGACGCUUUUUCUCAGUUUGUUAUAAAAUAGGUAUCUCUGUGGGGCGGAGGAAAUAUGCAAACCGUUUCGAUCGAUGUAUCUCGAUGCACCGGACACAAGUUUAAGGAAGUUUCUUGUAUUAGAAUAACAAAGGAUUUUUAACACGGGUAAACUAAAUUUGAAUCGCUACAGUGAUCUGAACUAAAUUAUGAUGUCGCGACAUUCAAAUCUACCACCUCGUUGCCCGUUACAGAACAAGUGCCUUCGUACACGUUCAUUGGAUCCGUCAGACCUAAUUGCACAAGGAGAUGAUCAGUGUUCUCCAGAACUCUUUAGACAUCAGUCCAUGGAUUUCCUCUUGGAAGAGAAUACAUCCUGGCUCGAUGACCUCCUAACUGAUUCUGAUUCUAGCCCCCAAGGAAGAUGCCAUCGGAGGUCUGCAAGUGAUUCGCUAACUAUUUCACACGGUUAUGAUAGUCUUCGCACACCCACACACACCGCCACCUUAUCAAGUGUUUCAGUCAAUGAAGCAGAAGAUGCUGCCCGGAGUAUGGAUGGUGGCGGGUUGGAAGCAAAUUGUGUUUAUGGUCCUAAUUCACCUAGACAAAUGAGUAAAUUAACCAAUUCGGAAAGUGCAAUAGUAAAUGCGCUGCUCGAUAAGGUUCCUAGAAACAGAUUGCAGUAUGCUGAGAGCUCUGGUGGCAGCAGAAUUCAUGAGCCUGGCCAUGGUGAAGCUCCUAGUGCCGAACCUGAACUUGAGAGGACAUCAAGAAGGCGCUCAGGGCAGAGAUCAAGGGUUCGUAAGCUUCAAUACAUUUCCGAUCUCCAGAAAACCGUUGAGGCUCUUGAGACCAUGGGAGCAGAAUUAGCAACCCAGGUAGCUACCCUCUUUCAGCAACGAAUUGCACUUUCUCUAGAAAACAAAUAUAUAAGGCAACAGAUCUCCAUCCUUCUGCAUGAGAAAAUCAUCAAGGAUGGCGAACAUCGAUGCCUAAAGAACGAGGCCGAGAAACUGAAGAUGAUUUCCGGGCGACAUCGGAGGAGCAAAAGCAUUUCUUCCCCUUACUUGGAACCAGGCCAGCACGAGAACGUUCAUUCAGGAACAAGUUGGCAGUCUUUGGAUUUCAGAAAGCUCAGCCUUGGUGAGAGUUCAGUUCCCUUCAACCAUGGUUUGGGACAUUAGUGUUACAGUCAAAACUAGGUUUUAUAGACUAGAAGCAUUCUUUGGGCUGCAUAUUUUAUGCCCCACAAAAGCUCAGCUCAUGCUUAAGAGUUGCAACUCUUUUAUCUCAUUUUGUCUAAGCAUUUAUUUGAGCUAUGAGAAAUGUUAGUUUACAUUAUUCUGGAGUGGGGGACUCCAGAAUAUCCGUAGGACCAGUGCUGACAUGUUUCAAACCUUUAUGAUUUCCAUAUCAUGUCAUUAAGGCAAUUAGUCUGUUAUUUUGAUAGUAA